AUGAAAACCAUCGGCAUCCUUGGCGGCAUGUCCGCCGCCUCCACCCAGAUCUACUACCGCCACCUCUGCCUCCUGACCCGCCAGCGCCUCGGCGGCCUCCACUCGCCCUCCCUCCUGAUCCGCAGCCUGGACUUCGCGGCCAUCGAAGCCCUGCAAGCCGCCGACGCGUGGGCCGAGGCCGGCAGGAUCCUCAACGCCGAGGCGCGCGCAUUGGAGCGCGGCGGCGCGGACCUCCUGGUGUUGGCGACGAACACGAUGCAUCGCGAGGCGGAGGCGAUGAUGCAAGGGGUGAGGUUGCCGUUGGUGCAUAUUGCGGAUGCGACGGCGGAGGCGGUGGUGAAGGGAGGGUGUAGGAGGCCGGGGUUGAUGGCGACGGGGUUCACGAUGGCGGAAGGGGGGUUUUAUGUGGGGAGGCUGAGGGGGAGGGGGUUGGAGGUGGUGGUGCCUGAAGAGGGGGAUCGGACGGAGACUCACCGCAUUAUCUACGAGGAGCUUUGUAAAGAGGUUGUUACGGAGGAAAGUAGGGGGAAGUAUGAGGCGAUUGCGCGGCGGUUGGUGGAGAGGGGCGCAGAUUGUUUGAUAUUAGGGUGUACGGAGGUGGGAAUGUUACUGGAUCAGGGCAAUGUGGAGGUGCCGGUGUUUGAUACGACCUUUGUGCACUGUGAGGCGGCGCUUGCGAUGGCGUUGGCAGGGGCUUGA